UCUUUGCUCUUUGUGAAUGUUUGCGUGUGUGUUGUACUGUAUGUGGAGGCGCGUACUGUUUGUGUUGUGGAAAGGUGAUGAGUAAAUGAGCCGAGUAAAAUGUAUUGGAGUGUUUCUUUUACGUUCAGCUAGCAUCGAAAAUAAUACAGUACGAUUUGCAAGAUAUUACAGUACCAAAAUGGGCAACAUAAAAAGACGUGUGGAGGACAUAAUAAAAUCAGCAGAAGACAAGAGGCUAUACAGAGGUCUUGUCUUGCAGAAUGAAAUGAAAGUGUUGUUAAUAAGUGAUCCAACAACUGAUAAGUCUGCUGCUGCUCUCGAUGUCAAUGUAGGUCACAUGAGUGAUCCAGACCAUCUCCCUGGUCUUGCCCACUUCUGUGAGCAUAUGCUCUUCCUUGGAACAGAAAAAUAUCCAUCAGAAAAUGAGUACAGCAAAUAUCUUUCCGAACAUGGGGGAGGAUCAAAUGCAUGCACAUUUUCUGACCAUACAACUUACUACUUUGACGUGGUACCGGAAUUUUUGCCUGGUGCUCUGGACAGGUUUUCCCAGUUCUUUCUUUCACCAUUAUUCACAGAAAGUGCCACCGAGCGUGAAGUGAAUGCUGUUAACUCUGAACAUGAAAAGAACAUAUCAAAUGAUUCUUGGAGACUUGAUCAAUUAGACAAAUCAACAGCAAAGCAGGAACAUCCAUAUUCAAAAUUUGGGACAGGAAAUAAGUACACUCUUGACACAGUGCCAAAGGAAAAAGGAAUCAAUGUUCGUGAAGAACUGUUAAAAUUUCAUGAAACAUGGUAUUCAUCGAAUAUAAUGAGCCUGUCUGUCCUUGGAAAAGAGAAUUUGGACGAACUGGAAAAAAUGACGUGUGAACUGUUUUCAAAUGUUAAGAAUAAGAGUGUUGUUGCACCCCAGUGGCCUGAACAUCCUUUUGGAAAUAAACAAGUGCAGAUGAGAGGUUACAUAGUUCCUGUUAAAGAUAUUAGAAAUCUGAACAUUACUUUCCCAGUGCCAGACCUGCAUCAAUAUUACAGAUCUGGGCCAGGACAUUAUUUGAGUCACCUGAUAGGACACGAAGGACCUGGUAGCCUUCUCUCCCAUUUGAAAGCCAAAGGCUGGUGCAAUAGUCUGAUAGGUGGCUAUCGGACUGGUUCCCGUGGGUUUGGCUUCUUUGUAAUUAAUGUAGAUCUGACAGAAGAAGGCAUUGAAUAUGUGGAUAGCAUUGUUGAACUAGUCUUCCAGUACAUAAAUAUGUUGAAGAAGGAAGGACCAAAGCAGUGGAUUUUUGAAGAAUACAGAGAUAUUAUGACAAUGCAUUUUCGUUUUAAAGAUAAGGAAAUGCCCCAGAACCAUGCAUCAACAACAGCUCAGAACCUUAAUGAAUAUCCUUUGGAAGAAGUACUCUCUGGACAUUAUCUGAUAACUGAGUGGAAACCUGAGCUUAUAAAAAUGGUAAUGGAUUAUUUGACACCACAAAACAUAAGGAUUGCAGUUGUUGGAAGAAAAUUCGAAGAACUGGUAGAUCAGACAGAAAAAUGGUAUGGGACGAAAUACAAAUUGGAAGAAAUUCCUCAGGAAACAUUAAAGAGAUGGGAAGAAACAAAUUUAUGUGAAGAUCUAAAACUUCCCCCCAAAAAUGAAUUUAUUCCAACUGAUUUUGAUCUGUUACCUCGUGAAGAUAAUGCACCUGAACAUCCUACAAUUAUCCAGAACACUCCACUGACUAGAGUUUGGUUCAAACAAGAUGAUGAAUUUCUGCUGCCUAAAGCAAACUUGAGUUUUGAAUUUGUGAGCCCUCUGGCCUAUUUAGACCCUGUAAGUUGCAACAUGACAUAUAUGUUUGUGUUGCUGUUUAAAGACGCCCUGAAUGAAUAUGCCUAUGCUGCUGAACUUGCCGGUCUGCGAUGGGAGUUAUCAAACACUAAAUAUGGAAUGAUACUUGGUAUUGGCGGAUACAAUAACAAGCAGCAUGUUCUGUUGGAUAAAAUAGUGGAGAAGCUAACCAAUUUCAAAAUAGACCCAAAAAGAUUUGAUAUUUUAAAGGAGCAUUAUGUUCGUGGAUUGAAGAAUUUUGAAGCUGAGCAACCAUACCAGCAUGCUGUGUACUAUUCUGCAGUCCUUCUUGCAGAGCAGGCGUGGACUAAAGAGGAACUUCUAGCUGCUACUCAUGAACUGACUCUUAAGAAUGUCGAAGCAUUUAUUCCACAAAUACUAUCCAAGAUGCACAUCGAAUGUCUAAUACAUGGAAAUGCUGAUCGACAGAGGGCAUUGGAGCUGGUACACCUCGUAGAGGACCGUCUGAUGUCGUCGGUGUCCUUAUGACCAUUACUGCCCCGCCAGCUUCUGCGCCACAGAGAACUCCAGCUGGUGGAUGGUUGUAAUUUUGUUUUCGAAGUAAACAAUGCCCUGCAUCGUAGCUCCUGCAUUGAAGUUUAUUAUCAGUGCAAUCUUCAGUCAACAGAAACAAAUAUGUUACUGGAGCUAUUAGUCAAAAUUAUUAAUGAACCCUGUUUCAAUAUUUUAAGGACAAAGGAGCAGUUAGGAUACAUUGUAUCUAGUGGCAUUCGAAGAUCUAACGGAGUUCAAGGUCUUCGAGUGAUAGUACAGUCUGACAGACAUCCAGAGUAUGUGGAUCAAAGAGUGGAAACAUUCGUAACAUCUAUGGAGGCCUACAUUGAACAAAUGUCAGAGGAAGAGUUUGAAAGACACAAGGAAGCUUUAGCAGCUCAACGUUUAGAAAAACCAAAACGGUUAUCUGCACGUUCAUCACGAUUUUGGGCUGAAAUAACUUCCCAACAGUAUAAUUUUGAUCGUGUAAAUAUAGAAGUUGCAUACCUUCGUACCUUGACAAAAAAUGAUAUUUUGAAUUUCUAUAAGGAACUAAUACAUCACAGUUCUCCAAAGCGACACAAACUAGCUGUGUAUGUUGUAUCAACUGCUGAAGGGGGUGCAGGAAAUAUGCCGAGGCCAUCUGCUCCAGAUGCAGUCAUUGAUGGCAUGUUGCCACCACCAUCAUUUUACAAGAAGCCAACGAGAAUACAGGAUAUCACAGAGUUCAAGAGCAGUCAGGGGUUAUUCCCUCUUGUGAAGCCGUACAUCAAUAUACCAUCAAAAUCAAAGUCAAAACUGUAGUGAAUUCUUUACAACCAUCAGUCUUUAGGGCUCAACAGAUACGGUCAAAACCUUUACACAUGUUGGAUACUGACAGCAGACGAGAUAUCUUUUGCUACUGUGUAUUCUCUGUGGUACGAGUAUGUAUUUUAUGUAGUUUUCGUAUGGGUGCUGCAUUUUCCGGGACAAGUAUCAUACAGUGUGAUAGUUUAACUCCUCACCUGCACUGUAUCUGCAAUUAAGUUCCUGUACAUAGGAAUUUAAAAUAGUGUUAAAGGCCAUAUUUCAGAUAAAUACUUCAGUAUUGUAAGUACGUGACUGCAAGUACUUUAGAAGUAAACAUUGGUACUGUAGAA